AUGGUGGGAAAUUUGCUGGUGGUGUUGGCCCUCACCCACAGCCAGAAACCCAAGAGUAUCACCGACAUCUACCUCCUGAACUUGGCCUUGUCCGAUCUGCUCUUUGUAGCCACCUUGCCUUUCUGGAUUCACUAUCUGAUAAGGGAACAUGGCUUUAACAACGCGGUGUGCAAACUCACUACUGCCUUCUUCUUCAUUGGUUUCUUUGGAGGCAUAUUCUUCAUCACCAUCAUCAGCAUCGAUAGGUACCGGGCCAUCGUCCUGGCCGCCAACUCCAUGAACAACCGGACAGCAUAGCAUGGCGUCACCAUCAGCUUAGGCAUCUGGGCAGCUGCCAUCUUGGUGUCAGCGCCCCAGUUCAUGUUCACCAAACAUGAGGAAAAUGUUCCGGAACUGAACUACCCUGAGGUCCUGCAGGAUAUCUGGCCUGUGCUCUGCAACAUGGAAGCGAAUAUUCUUGGCUUCCUGCUGCCCCUGCUCAUUAUGAGUUACUGUUACUUGAGAAUUAUCCAGACACUGUUUUCCUGCAAGAACCACAAGAAAGCUAAAGCCAUUAAACUCAUCUUUUUGGUGGUCAUCGUGUUUUUCUUCUUCUGGACACCCUAUCACAUUAUGGUUUUCUUAGAGACGCUCAGUCUCUAUAACUUCUUUCCCAAUUGUGACAUGAAGAGGCAUCUGAAAUUGGCCCUCAGUGUGACCGAGACGAUCGCAUUUACCCACUGUUGCCUCAACCCUUUCAUCUACGCAUUUGCUGGAGAGAAGUUCAGAAGAUAUCUUCACCAACUGUCAUUCCGUGCUGUCCUGUGUGGUCGUUCUGUCCCUGUCACUUUCUCCUCAUCUGAAUCACAAAGGAGCAGGCGGGAAAGUGUCUUGAGCAGCAAUAUAACUCACUGCACCACUGAUGGAGACGAGUCUAUGCCUCUCUGAAGACAGCCCUAAAGCCUUGUCCCUACAUAGAGCCUGGAGUUCCUGAGUCUGACACUGAAACAUGAGGACAGAUUUCCUUGUUUGUUUGUUUCUCAUAUGUAAGAAAUGAUGGACCCAGUGCCCCUAAAAUAACCCAAAGGUAUUUUAGAGAAUUGUGAUCAAAAUUUGAAUGAUGGAGGGGAGACAUGUGUUUUACUGCAAAAGUCAAGACUUUUUUGUUUACAAAUAACAAAAGUUCAACUCAGACUAGCUUAGCUAAAAGGUGGGU